AGCUGACUGAAACCGCUCCCGGCGUUCCACGCUGGCCCCGCGGUCACAGUAGCGCAGCCAGUGGUGGCGCGUGCAGCCACAGGCUGAGGCGCAGUGACGAUGGCGCCAGCAAAAUGUGCCAAAGAGGGUGUUGCACGAGUGGAUGAGGCGCGCCGCGCCUCCCGGCGGCGCGGAGCGCUCACCGCCGCAGAGCUUUCAGAAGGUGCGCCUCUGAAGAUGAGGAUUGAGCACCGCUUAGCAGCCAUGCAGGAGGCUGAGAACGCGGAUGCCAACCUGGUGCUGAAUCCACGGACGCCGGAAUUUGGAGAGGCGCCGCGGACCCCGAACUCCCGCUCGCCCACGCCGGUGACGCCGGACGAGAGGAGGCGGAAGAGUCGCCGCAUUACCUUCAGCGCCCUGAACGAGGCCCUCAACGACGUCUGCGUCGAGUCGGAGCCGAGUGCCAGCCACGUGGCCAGCAACAUCCAAGCUGCACAGGAGUUGGUGAAGAAGAUGUUUGCGAACCCCGCGCCAGAUCCGUCGAAGCGCCAAAGCAAGAAGCGCUCGCGGGAGAAGCACCGCUCCUCCGUGGACUCGAGGACCAGUGAUGCGCGGAGCUCCGUGGGCCCCGAGGCCAUGACCGAGCGAGCACGGCGUCUCUGUCAGAGCUUGGGCGGCGAGGAGUUCCAGACCUCUCAGAGUUCAGCACCGCUGCUGGCGACGCCCGGCAGGUUCCGCUAUCGAACGAAGGGUCCCUUCCACGAUCCUUGGGCGUCCUUACCACCGAGGAGGAGCAGCCCAAGCCGAUCGAAGUUGCCUCCGCCGCCUUCGCAACCACCACCCGUGUGAGGAGGAGGCGGGCGGAGAGGUGUGACGAAUCCGCUGGGCGCCGAAGAAUGGCAAGUUCAGCUGAGGAGUCCGGACGACUGGCGGAAUGAUGCAGAAUGAUGCAGAGUGAUGCGGAAAAAAGUCGAGGUCUUCGUGUCGAGUGAGUGGAUUCAAG